AAAAGAGAAAGAAAAGAAAAAAGUCGAAUGAAACCAAAUUCGUCAAAGAUGAGGAAAAGAAAUCGUACAAACGUUUGUAUUAAAUUGCACGAAAUCAAUCAAACGACAAAAGAAAAACCAAAACAAAUAUAGUUGGUAAAACGUAAAAAGGGAAAAAUUAGAAAAGGAAAAAAAAUUAAAGAAUUAGAAUUAGAAAUAGAAAUAAAAGAAAAAUAAAACAACGAUAAAACAACGAUAAAAUCACUUAAACAAAUGUUGGAAAAAGUAAAAUUUGAAAAGAAAAUUGUUUCCAACCAACUUGCUUUAAAUAUACGACGACAAUUUGAAAAUCUUUUCUCCAAGUGAUGUGAUGGAUGGAUGAACGGCUUUGUAUAAUGAUUGUGAUGAGAUAGAUAUCAAGCCAUAUGGACUCGGCCUUGUCCUUCGGCCUCUCUUACUAAGGUAAAACAAGAUGGGAGCAGGUAACAAUCGGCCAAGAAUUAGAGAGGAGCAAAGUUUCCAUGCAAGUGGGGUGUGGGUGGGAUAAGAAACGAUGGUUUGAAUAUAGGACAAUCGAUAACACCGAGAAUUAUCAUUUUGAUCCAUCAUCCAUCGGUUGGGAAAAAAAAAGAGAGGAAGGAGGGAAGAGGGAAAUGAAAUGAAAUGAAAUGGCAAAAGAAAUUGUUUUGAUUUUAACGAUAAGAAUUGUAAAUCUUUUAUGAAAUUUUCAUGCUUUUUUCAUGCAUCUUCCAAGGAAAACAAUUAAUAGUGACAUGAAUGAUGAUGAGUCACGAGUUACAUACAAAAUCAUAAGCACUUGAGAAUAGAAUCAUAAAUUUGAAAUCAAAAAAAGACGAAAAACCACGUUAAACGAUAUUGAAAAAAGAAAAAAGAAAGAGAAAAAAAAAAAGACCAAAAAAAAAAAUCUCGUGAUGAUUAUUCUCUUUUUUUGUUUUUCUUUCAAAAGAUGCUGCUUGUAAUGUCUAAUUUUUAUCUUUUGUGAUUUUCUGAUAAAUUCAAUUGUCAAUUUCUCCAAGUAGAUGUUUCAUUUUGAUUUUUGAUUUUUGAUUUUUGAUUUUCAUCUAUUCUCAUUCACCCUGUUUUUCGGAAUACAGCCACAAAAAAAAUCUUGAUUUUUCAUCAAUCCUUCGAGAUUUAGUUUAGUAUUCUAUAGAAAAUGAAAUCGCACAUCUCUCUAUACUAUACUAUACUAUACUCGCAAUUCAUUCCAUACUUUCGUAUUGCUCUUCCUUUACCUGUCAUUCCUGUUUGUUUUCUUUUCUUUCUACAAUUCAUUCGUUAUUCCUUUCAAUAUUUAUUUUAUUUUAUUUUAUUCAUUUCUCUUUCUUUCUCUCUCUCUCUCUCUUUUUUUUUUUUUUUUUUUUUUUUCUUUCCAUUUAAAAUUACAACUCAUUCAUUAUUUCCAAAUCACAGACCCUUGCUUGUUUCGUCCAGCAAAACAUUUCCAUCGUCUGGUUUGUCUCUCAAAAAAUAAAAAUUAACAAACGCAAAUAGUCCACAAUUAAUAAGAAUAAUAAUAAUCAUAAAAAACAAAAGGUAUUAGUAGACGUAUA